CCACAAUUAAGUAGGCAAAACAUUAAAAAUUAAGAAGCCGAUGAGAAGAAGAAGCAUCAGCACUACCUAAAAUUGAUCAGUCAACCCUGAGCACUCGUCCUGAUCCCUAUAAGUCCCAGCCAGCCUAUAGCCGAGCUACCGCAGCAGCAAAUCAAUGGCGGAGCUGGUGAAGCUGAUCGGCGCGUUCGGCAGCCCGUUCGUCCACCGGGCCGAGAUGGCCCUGCGGCUCAAGGGGGUUCCCUACGAGCUCAUCCAAGAAGACCUCAACAACAAGAGCGAGCUGCUGCUCCGUCACAACCCCAUCCACAAGUCCGUCCCCGUGCUCCUCCACGGCGACCGGCCGGCCGUCUGCGAGUCGCUCCUCAUCGUCGAGUACGUCGACGAGGCCUUCCCCGGCCCGCCGCUCCUCCCCACGGACCCCCACGACCGCGCCAUGGCCCGCUUCUGGGCGCAAUUCAUCGAACACAAGUGCUCCAGGCCGUUCUGGAUGGCGGUGUGGAUGGACGACGGCGAGGCGCGGGAAGGGUUCGUUGCGGAGACGAAGGGGAACCUGGCGCUGCUGGAGGCGAGGCUGCAGGGGAAGAAAUUCUUCGCGGGAGACGCCGUCGGGUACCUCGACUUCGCCGCCUGCGGGCUCGCGCACCUGCUGGGAGGAGUGAUCGAGGAGGUGGCCGGGGUGAGGCUGUACGGCGACGGCGAGUUCCCCGCGCUGCGGCGGUGGGCGGAGGACUACACCUCGGAUGAGGCCGUCAGGGCGUGCCUGCCGGAGAGGGCUCUGCUCGUCGCGCACUUCGCCGGGAAGAAGGACAAGAUCAGAAUGUCGCUCAGGGCGAUGAUGCAGCACAAGUGAGAUGACUUGUAACGUGUGUGGGAUGAGUAUCCAUGUGCCGGGUGUGAUACUGUGAAUCUGUGAUGUGAUCACGGCGCGUGCCGAAAUAAAAUUUGUACGACUCAGUUUGUGCUACUGCGUGCUACUCCUACUUGUUAUAAAACCUACGGCGUUGCAUUGCAACUUUGAUCAA